AUGCCAAAAAAACAUGCCCCAAAGCUCAAUGUUGGACAUGAUGCGCAAGCGGAGUUGUUUGGCAAGUUCAGAUGUGAGCUUGAUAACAUAUUAUCGAAUCUGGAUGUCGCUCAAGCUUGCGUGAAUCGGCCCCAGUCAUCUGCAGUCGUGUCCAGUGUUUGGCCCAGCCACAUGGAUACCCUCGCUAUGGAGCUGGAACGCGUCAAGGCCCAAGCGACGCGAUACAGGCAGGUAGCUGAGCAGCUCUACGCGGACUGUGGCCGACUGAAGAAAGCCAAUUCGCAGCUUGGAGAGGAGCUGGCGGUGUUGACGGAGACGCUGGCGAAGGUCAAGGAUGCCAACACGCUUGCGAAGGCACAGGCGCCCGCAACGCGUGCGAUUUGCCCAAGUUUUGCCGGGCUGCCUGCUGAGCUGAUGCCGCGAUUAUUCGAGAUGGUGCAAGUGCGGGACAUGCAUUUCGCCCGGCAGCUGUGUCGUGGAACGUCGAUUCGAGAGGACUGGGAGAAAUACCUGCUGAAUCCGGGCAACUCUGACAGGGCGACGGCCAUGCGCGGAUUGUAUGCCCUGACAUUUCCGCAACAUGUUCGCGCAGAGCUGAACGAUGAUAUCGUUGCUGCCAGCUCCCGUCUCCGCUGGUUGCUGUCGGGCAUCCAAGAUCACUAUUCUCACAAUCCAGACAUGGUCCGGGAAUUCGCUGGGAAUGUGUUUCGGCAUGCACAAGGAGACCAUGAGGAGCACCGCGAAGCUGCCUUAUAUGUCUCAGUGGAACUUGCAAAGAAAUGCAAAGAUCUGCGACCAAUCACUGUGAAAGGUCUACUGCCCGUCUUCAAUGUUGAGCCACGAGACCCGCAAAGCCAACUUCUGUUGCUCGCUUCCUUCAAAGUAUGCUCGUCUCAUUUGGGUUCUUUGGAUGUGGAGUUUGUGAAGAAGUUCGUGAUUCUGGCUGGGCUGGUGCCCACCCGCCAGCGCAAGCCGAUUCGACAAGCAAUCUUCCGUGCCGUGGCUGCCGUCCUGCAAGCAUCUGACCCCUCUAGAUUUGCGUCCGUUGGGCCGUUGCUCCAAACAUUGCCACAAGAAGAGGUCCAAGAAUUGCUGGUGAUUUUAGGCUUGGCUCAUUGA